GACAAAAGAAGGAGUCUUCAUCCGCAUUGACAAUCAUUUUUAGCUGUUGAACUAUCUCCGAAUUAUUAUUUUAGCAGCUACCUCCCAGCUCCGACUUUACCUCCGCUCUCCAAUCUUUUCUCUUCACUUCACAGCGAGGUUCUUCUGUUUCGUCUACCGAUAUCUGUCACUACCCAGCCGGCGUCACUGGGUUGGUGAACGGGCGUCUAACUGCACAGUGGUAGAGCAGGUUGCCGCUGCUGCUGCUGUCGGCAAGCAUGGCUACCAACACAGAGCCCACCACUGGUGAUUCUAUGGACUCCAAGGACUAUGACUACGAUCUGAUUGUCAUUGGUGGAGGCUCCGGUGGAAUCGCCCUCGCCCGGGAGGCUGCAAAGUUUGAGAAGCGGGUCGCCAUGCUGGACUUCGUCAAGCCCACGGUGCACGGCAGCACCUGGGGCCUCGGCGGCACCUGUGUCAACGUCGGCUGCAUUCCCAAGAAGCUCAUGCACCAGGCUGCUCUGAUCGGUCAGGCAAUGAAGGAUUCUGAGAAGUUUGGCUACACCGUUGAGCCUUCAUUUGCUUGGGAGACCUGCAUCCAGUCCAUCCGGGACUAUAUCGGCUCCCUGAACUUUGGAUAUAGAACAACAAUGCGCGAGGAAAACGUCAAGUACAUCAAUGCGUACGGCAGUUUGCUCGACCGUCAUCGUGUGAAGUGUGUCAACAAGAGAGGUGAGGAGAACAUCAUCAGCGGUCUUCGUAUCUGCAUCGCCACUGGCGGUCGGCCACGUGUUCCCGACGUCCCCGGCAAGGACCUGUGCAUUACCAGCGACGAUCUUUUCCUGCGGAGAACGGCCCCGGGCAAGACGCUCGUCAUCGGUGCUUCCUAUGUGGCUCUGGAGUGUGCUGGCUUCCUGGCCGGCAUGGGAUAUGAUGUCACUGUGAUGGUGCGCUCCAUUCUCCUGCGUGGAUUUGAUCAGGAGAUGGCAACGAAAAUUGGAGAGAACAUGGAGACCUACCACAACAUCAAGUUCCUGAGGGGCUUUGUGCCGCAGGAGUUCACCAAUGAGCUGGAGGGUGAUACCAAGAGGAUCCGAGUGAACGCCACCGGCAGUGGUUCCAAUGCAGGUCAGGCACACUCCGAUGUUUUCGACACCGUUCUUGUUGCCACUGGACGUGACCCGUGCACAUCCGGCAUCGGCUUGGACACCGUCGGGGUGAAGCUGGACGACAAAGGUUUCAUCCUCAGCGACAAUGAGAAGACCAACGUGUGGAGCAUUUACGGCAUUGGUGAUGCUCUGAGUGGCAAGCCGGAGCUGACCCCGACCGCUAUCCAGGCUGGCAGGCUGCUGGCCCGCCGUCUCUAUGGCGAAUCCACUCUUGCCUGCGAUUAUGAGAAUGUUGCCACAACUGUCUUUACCCCACUGGAGUAUGGCUGCUGUGGACUGUCUGAGGAAGACGCCAUUGCUCGCCAUGGAGAAGACAACGUUGAGGUCUAUCAUGAUCAUGUUCUCCCAUUGGAGCUAGUAAUUCCACGCAGCGAGGAGUUUGGCUUUGUCAAGGUCAUCACACUCAAACCAGAGCAGGAGAGGGUCAUUGGCUUCCACAUCCUGGCCCCGAACGCUGGUGAGAUCACUCAAGGUUAUGGUGUAGCCAUGAAGUGUGGCUUGACCAAGGAGCAGCUCGAUGCUGCCAUUGGAAUUCACCCGACAUGUGCCGAGAACCCAACCACCAUGGCUACUACGAAGCGCUCGGGCAAGGAAUUGAAAUCUGGAGGUUGCUGAGGUUAAGCCCUGCUGUGUCUAAGCAGUGACUAAGAUGUGAGAAUCUUUUCUCAUCUCAUCUGGUCACUGCAGCACAGCGGGGGUAAAACCUGCCACUUCUCCAAUGCGCAGUGUGUAUGUGCAACUCGCUUUGGCUCUCCGUUUGGGAGCUGAACACCAAUGACGACAUGGAUUUCAACCGUUCUUCUCACGGCGACCCGUGUCCGAUACAAGGGUUUUCACUCACACUAGGUUGCAGCAUUAGCUUGCUUCAUGCAUUGACUUCUUGCCGCUUUCGUACACAAGUUGUUUCGUUCUACGUCUGAAUAGUUGUCAACAAGAAGGAAUCGUCAUCACUACCAUCAUUCAUUAUUUCAACAUCACUUUAUUUGUAGACAUGUAUCUUGUCUUCGUCUUCUACCCUGCUUGCAACCCCCGAUCUGUUCCAUUUCUGUUGUGUCCGACCCAUUUUUCUGGCGUUGAUUCAGGUAUUUCAUUUCUUGGUUCAGCAAGUCUGAUAUCAUUGAAUUCACAGAUUAAUAUGAAAUAAACACACGGGCACUGAUUAAUUUAAAAAAAAAACUCUGUCUUUGUACAGGGAGAAUGGAA